UGUGGAACCUUACCCUCUAUUCCCUGAGCACUUAGCUUAGCUCUCUAGCUAACUUUGCUGCCGUCAAAUUCGGGUUCCAUCCAUCGCUGUCGCUACCUUUUGGUCUCUGCCUUUGCACUCUCGUGUUGAAAAUCAGUCUCCAAGUGCGACAGCCGUGGUUCCCCCAGCAAUAUGAGCAACAUGGGCAACAUGGGCACCGAGGCUAUCGCAAGCCAUUAUCAGGUUCUUGAAGAACUUGGCCGUGGCAGCUUUGGAGUGGUUUACAAAGGCAUCGAAAAGGCCACCGGCGAAGUCGUUGCUAUCAAACAUAUCGAUCUUGAAUCUACUGAAGAUGAUAUCCAGGAUAUCCAGGCCGAGAUCUCGGUUCUGAGUACUUGCGCUAGCUCGUACGUAACGCAGUACAAGGCUAGUUUCUUGCGAGGGACUAAGCUUUGGAUCGUAAUGGAAUACCUAGGAGGUGGAUCCUGUCUUGACCUGCUCAAACCCGAACCGUCUGUGUUCAGCGAGACGCACAUCGCCAUCAUCUGUCGCGAACUGCUUCGCGGCCUCGAAUAUCUCCAUGCCGAAGGCAAGAUCCACAGAGAUAUCAAGGCCGCCAAUGUCCUUCUCUCCGAGUCGGGCAAAGUCAAGCUGGCUGACUUUGGAGUGGCGGCACAGUUGACAAACAUGAAGUCGCAGCGGAACACGUUCGUGGGAACACCCUUUUGGAUGGCGCCUGAAGUGAUUCAGCAAGCUGGGUAUGAUUUUAAGGCAGAUAUCUGGUCUUUAGGAAUCACCGCUAUUGAAAUGGCCAACGGGGAGCCUCCACAUGCUAAUCUCCAUCCCAUGAAGGCCUUGUUUCAAAUCCCGAAGAACUCCCCACCCAAGCUCGAGGGUAAUUUCUCUAGGGACUUCAAGGACUUCGUAUCCCAGUGUCUUAUGAAAGACCCAGAUCGCCGACCUUCCGCGAAAGAGCUGCUCAAGCAUAGAUUCGUUAGGGCCUCUGGAAAAGUCGAAGCAUUGCAAGAAUUAAUCGAACGACGACGGAAAUAUGAUGCCACGAAGACCAAAAAGAAGAGCCGAACUUUCUACCAGGAGACACUGCAAGACCUAUCGCCUAGGGAUGAUAGGGAUGAAUGGGUUUUCGACACAGUUCGAUCAGUGGCCCCUAAGAAACCCACGAUCAAGUCACGCAAGCCGUCAUCGAUAUUUUCUACUGAAGAAGCCUUGCGCAGAAUGGAUAUCAAGGAUGCUCCGUUGCAACCGUCUUCGCCAGCCCCCGUCACCAUGCGCAAGGCCACGAUGCGAAGACAAUCCUCCCUCGCCCAGAUGUCGGUCACUGGGUCUGUUCGUGGCCCGCCUACCCCUGCGCUCAGACGUCCCCUACAGCCAGACAUGUCCUUUGGCAAUACGGGCUCUUCCAAUCGCAUCUUUCGCCGAGUACCCUCGGAUUGCUCCACCUCUGGCCAAGUCUCUCCACUCAGCUCAGUGAACACCAUGGUGGAUGAGAACAACUAUUAUCCUAGCAACACCGUUGACGCCACGAACAAAGAAGGAAUCCUAGGACGCCGCCUCUACGCACGGGCCGUGGAGCCCACUCUCGCCGAACUCCACGCGCAGACAUCCAGCAUGGCUAAGCGCGAGGCUCUGGGAAAGCUAUCGGACGCGCUUGCGCUGCUCGACUCCGUAGAUCCCGAAGGUGCUUACCACCUCCUGCGCAAUCUGAACAACGCCGUCUCGCAAGAUGCCCGGCUGGCCAACGCAUUCCUGCCCAACAACAACACCAGUGGUGGCGGUAACUCUCCUCUAAGCCUAAAGAGCCCCGUCUCUCCCACUUCCCAGAGCACGGUGAUAGUCAAGGGCGCGCCCAUGACGCCGUCAGCGGUGAGCCAUCCAAGCCAAAACCCCACGAAGCUGGUCCUCGCGUCCAACAACCCCCACCUGAAGAGUCACCGCCGACGACAGGAGAGCGUGGCGAUUGGCGGCGGCGGUCUCGGCCUAAACGGAAGUCCCGACAAGGCUUCGCGCCUUGACAGAGACCAGGAGAAGGCCGCGCUGCAGAUGAAGUACCCCGGCCGCGAGGGCCAGCCCGGUAUGGAGCACUGCAAGCAGCUAUCUGAUGUCCUUUAUGGUCGUUGGGUCGAUGGACUGCGUUUGCGAUGGCCGGGUGUUUGAGCGGGGCCUGCGUAGGUAAAGGAGUCUCAUUGACUG